GAACGGAGCUUCCUGGAGCUCAGCGGUGCUGAGCGCGAAAGGCCGAGGCACUUUCGGGAAUUCACAGUGUGCGGCGCUGGGACCGCCGGUGCCGUGGCCGGGACUGUGAAAUACACUGAGAGCGCGGGAGGCUUCUGCUAUGUGGAGAGCGGCACGUUGCUUUCCGUCACCAGGAACAGGUUCAUUCAUUGGAAGACCUCCGGAGAUACACUGGAGCUAGUAGAAGAGUCACUGGACAUAAAUCUGUUGAAUAAUGCAGUUCGCCUCAAAUUCCAAAAUUGUAGCCUCUUACCCGGAGGGGUUCAUGUCUCUGAGACUCAGAAUCAUGUGAUAAUCUUGAUAUUAACCAAUCAGACAGUGCACAGGUUGCUUUUACCUCACCCUUCCCGGAUGUAUAGGAGUGAGUUUGUAGUUGAAAGUCAAAUGCAAUCAAUAUUCACUGACGUCGGAAAAGUUGACUUUAGGGAUCCUUGCAACUAUCAGUUAAUUCCAGCAGUCCCUGGACUCCCCCCUAAUUCUACCACCUCGGCAGCCUGGCUUAGCAGUGAUGGGGAAGCCCUGUUUGCUCUACCAUCUGCUGCUGGGGGGAUCUUUAUUCUUAAACUACCUCCUUAUGACAUACCUGGGAUGGCGUCAGUUGUGGAACUGAAACAGAGUUCAGUAAUGCAACGACUGCUUGUAGGCUGGAUGCCAACAGCUAUCAGAGGUGAUCAGGGGUCUUCAGAUCGUCCCCUCAGUCUUGCUGUUCAUUGUGUUGAGAAUGAUGCCUUCAUCUUUGCUCUGUGCCAGGAUCAUAAACUACGCAUGUGGUCUUAUAAGGACCAAAUGUGCCUGAUGGUAGCCAACAUACUGGAGUAUGUCCCUGUGAAAAAAGACCUUCAGCUCACUGCUGGGACUGGACACAAAUUACGACUUGCUUACUCCCCUGCCAUGGGACUCUAUCUGGGGAUUUACAUGCAUGCACCAAAACGAGGACAGUUCUGCAUUUUCCAACUGGUGAGCGCUGAGAAUAACCACUACAGUCUAGAUCACAUUUCUUCCCUGUUCACUUCUCAGGAAACACUGAUUGACUUUGCCUUAACCUCUACGGAUAUCUGGGCCCUGUGGCAUGAUGCUGAAAACCAAACGGUAGUGAAAUACAUCAACUUUGAACACAAUGUUGCAGGUCAGUGGAAUCCAGUUUUUAUGCAGCCUCUGCCAGAGGAAGAGAUCAUUAUCAGAGAUGAUCAAGACCCCAGAGAGAUGUAUUUGCAGAGUCUGUUUACACCAGGACGGUUCAUAAAUGCAGCUUUAUGUAAAGCUUUACAGAUUUUCUGUCGAGGAACUGAGAGGAAUUUAGAUCUUUCCUGGAGUGAACUAAAGAAAGAAGUUACUUUAGCUGUUGAAAGUGAGCUCCAAGGAAGUGUAACAGAGUAUGAAUUUUCCCAGGAACAGUUUCGAAAUUUACAACAGGAAUUUUGGUGCAAGUUCUAUGCCUGCUGUCUUCAGUAUCAAGAAGCCCUCUCUCAUCCUCUGGCCCUACAUUUGAAUCCACACACAAACAUGGUGUGCCUGCUGAAAAAAGGGUACCUGUCUUUCCUUAUGCCUUCCUCCUUAGUGGAUCAUUUGUACCUCCUGCCUGAUGAGAACCUUUUGACUGAGGAUGAAACAACCAUAUCUGAUGAUGUGGAUGUUGCUCGGGAUGUCAUAUGUCUUAUAAAAUGCCUUCGGCUGAUUGGAGAGUCUGUGACUAUGGAUAUGUCAGUAAUGAUGGAGAUGAGUUGUUUCAACUUACAGUCGCCAGAAAAGGCUGCAGAACAGAUUCUGGAAGAUUUGAUCACUAUUGAUGUAGAAAAUGUGAUGGAGGAUAUUUGUAGUAAACUGCAAGAGAUUAGGAACCCAAUCCAUGCCAUUGGGCUUCUUAUACGGGAAAUGGAUUAUGAAACAGAGGUGGAAAUGGAAAAGGGAUUCGAUCCAGCUCAGCCUUUGAAUGUUCGAAUGAAUCUUUCCCAGCUCUAUGGUAGUAGCACAGCAGGGUAUAUCAUGUGCAGAGGUGUGCAUAAAAUUGCCACAACUCGCUUCCUCAUCUGCCGAGACCUUUUGAUCUUACAGCAACUAUUAAUGAGACUAGGAGAUGCAGUGAUUUUGGGAGCCGGUCAGCUCUUUCAGGCUCAGCAAGACUUACUCCAUCGAACAGCUCCCCUACUCUUAUCUUAUCGCCUCAUUAAGUGGGGAUGUCAAUGCUUGGCAACUGAUGUUCCAGUUGACACACUGGAGUCUAACCUCCAACACUUGUCAGUGCUGGAACUGACUGACUCCAGUGCUUCAGUGGCGAACAAGUUUGUUUCUAGCCCUCAGUCACUUGUGGAAUUAUUCUUUCAAGAAGUUGCAAGAAAACAUAUUACAUCUCAUCUCUUCUCUCAACCAAAGGCACCUCUUAGCCAGACUGGGUUGAAUUGGCCUGAGAUGAUUACUGCAAUUACCAGUUAUUUAUUGCAGCUCUUAUGGCCUAGCAAUCCCAGUUGCCUCUUUCUAGAAUGUUUGAUGGGAAGUUGUCAGUAUGUACAAUUGCAAGAUUAUAUUCAUCUGCUACAUCCUUGGUGUCAAGUCAAUGUUGGUUCCUGUCGAUUUAUGCUGGGAAGGUGUUACCUGGUUACAGGAGAGGGACAGAAGGCUCUGGAAUGUUUCUGUCAGGCAGCAUCUGAAGUGGGCAAAGAGGAAUUCUUAGAUCGCUUGAUCCGGUCGGAGGAUGGGGAGAUUGUUUCCAAUCCCAGGCUACAGUAUUAUGAUAAGGUUUUGCGCCUUCUAGACGUUGUUGGUUUGCCUGAACUCGUUAUUCAGUUGGCUACAUCAGCAGUAACUGAAGCAGGUGAUGACUGGAAGAGUCAGGCUACUUUAAGAACAUGCAUUUUCAAACAUCAUUUGGAUUUGGGUCACAAUAGCCAAGCAUAUGAAGCCUUAACCCAAAUUCCCGAUUCCAGCAGGCAGUUAGAUUGUUUACGGCAGCUGGUGGUGGUUCUUUGUGAACGCUCACAGCUACAGGAUCUUGUAGAGUUUCCCUAUGUGAAUCUGCAUAACGAGGUUGUGGGAAUAAUUGAAUCACGUGCCAGAGCUGUGGACCUCAUGACUCAUAAUUACUAUGAGCUUCUCUAUGCCUUUCACAUCUAUCGCCACAAUUACCGAAAGGGUAAGCCCUUGAAGCAGGCAGUCUUUUAUGAUCGCCCUGGUGCAUCCCCUAAGAGGAAUCAUGAUGGAGAGUGCACUGCUGCCCCGACGAAUCGGCAGAUUGAAAUCCUGGACCUGGAAGACCUGGAGAAAGAGUGCUCCUUGGCUCGAGUGCGCCUCGCCCUGGCUCAGCAUGAGCCAUCAGCAGUUGCUGUUGCAGGAAGCUCAUCAGCAGAGGAGAUGGUCACUCUCUUGGUUCAAGCUGGCCUUUUCGACACUGCCAUAUCACUGUGUCAGACAUUUAAGCUUCCCUUAACGCCAGUCUUUGAGGGCCUUGCUUUCAAAUGCAUCAAAUUGCAGUUUGGAGGAGAGGCAGCACAAGCAGAAGCCUGGGCCUGGCUAGCAGCCAAUCAGCUCUCUUCAGUCAUCACCACAAAGGAGUCCAGUGCUACAGAUGAAGCAUGGCGACUGUUAUCAACAUACCUGGAAAGGUACAAAGUCCAAAAUAACUUAUACCACCACUGUGUAAUCAACAAGCUUUUGUCUCAUGGAGUGCCUCUGCCUAAUUGGCUUAUAAACAGUUACAAGAAGGUUGAUGCCGCUGAGUUGCUCCGUCUGUACUUAAAUUAUGACCUUUUGGAAGAAGCUGUGGAUUUGGUUUCAGAAUAUGUGGAUGCUGUUCUGGGAAAAGGACACCAGUACUUUGGAAUUGAGUUUCCACUGUCUGCGACGGCUCCAAUGGUGUGGCUCCCAUACUCUUCCAUUGAUCAGCUUCUCCAAGUAUUGGGAGAGAAUAGUGCCAACAGUCACAACAUUGCACUGUCGCAGAAAAUACUUGACAAAUUGGAGGACUACCAACAAAAAGUUGAUAAGGCAACACGGGAUUUAUUAUAUCGUCGGAACUUGUGAUCCAGAUGGUCGCCUAGCCUUUGUAACCGCUUGGUGCCUCUUAGGGCUUAAGACUUUACCCUACAGGAACCCUGUACUCCAGGCUAAUUUUUAUACCUGUAAAUGAUGUGUACAACAUUCAAGUCUGCAUUCUGCGUAAGAGAGUUGGACAGAGGAGUCACAGGACCUGCGCUUGCUGGCGGUGCUAACAUACAAUUUCCGGUUUCAUUUUGGGUCUCGAACAGCUGCUUUUGUAUAUGAUUCACAAGCUUUUUUAGAGUUUAUAUUUUUUUAAACUACCGGAGACAUUCUUUAUCUGCAAAUUAAACCCACCUUCACUUUCCAAACGGGUGAUGGUUGUUGGUUUGUUGUAGCUGACCACCAAAAGCAGUCACUGCAAAUCCUUUCAUUCUUCCCUCUCACUUUUUGUAUUUCAAUGAUUAUUUUGGUCCAGAACUGACAUGUAUUUUCUGUAUUGCAAACAGAGGCUAUGAUUUUACAUACUCUUUUCAUUAUUUAUUGUGGAAUUUUUGUAUGAUCUUCAAUAAAGUAUUAAAUAACUUGCCUAGAUUAAGCCUAAACAAAGACCAGCUGUCAAAGAAGAUAUCUUAUUUUGAAUCUGGUUCUCAGGCUAAAGUUGAAUCAACUCUUAGCUAAGAAAAAAUUAGAAAUCCAUCCUCUAUAAAAGUAAUAAAUUUUUCAAAGUAAAUUCUGUUAACUUCUGUGAUUUAUAAUAAUCAAGCCGGACUUGAUCAUACAGUUAGUCUAAUCAUGUAUUGGGCCAAAAUAUAAAUGUUCCUGGUCAGAUUCAAAAGCAUUCAUGCCCACGAAUUUGGGGAAAGUGAAAAAUAAGAUCUUGCAUUUUAUUCUGUAUAUUAAAAUUAUCUUUUAAGGAAA